AUGCCGAAUGGACGGUCUAAAGAUGACGUGGCACACGCGGUGCAAAUACUGAGAUUUGCAUUUGCGGGGGCUCAUCGACCGUUGAUCUAUGACCGGUUGUGUAAAUGGACGGUGGAUCGAGUGGGUGCGGCGUUGCAGCUUCACACGCCACGGCCCACGUACAGCUUCGUUGCGGGGUUAAAUUUACGAAAGAGUCCCUGCAUUAUCCUGUACUUCGGGCGCGCACGCCGGAGCUCUUAUGACCGAACCUUCUACGUCUUAGAUCAGUCUUUUCCUAUUUUGAGCACGUUUAAGAAGAUGGCCCCAAAAGCCAUAAAGGAGAUAAGGAAGUUUGCGCAGAAGGCGAUGGGCACAUUGGACGUGAGGGUCGACGUGAAGCUAAACAAGCACAUAUGGAGCCGCGGGGUCCGGAGCGUGCCGAGGCGCCUGCGCGUGCGGAUCGCGCGGAGGAGGAACGACGAGGAGGACGCCAAGGAGGAGCUCUACUCGUUGGUCACGGUCGCGGAGGUCCCCCCGGAGGGACUCAAAGGAUUGGGCGCCAAGGCCGUCGACGACGACGACGACGCAGAGUAGAAACAACAACAACAACAAAAAAAGUAAUCCUUUUCUAUGUACCCUCAUCUCAUCGGCUAUUUAUUUUAGUCGAGUGUUCCUUUUCAUUCAUCUCUGAUUGAUUUACGAUUGCAGUUUAAGGUGUUAUAUGAAUUUGCCCAAAGAUGCAACAAAAAUUCAUAAGAGUAUCUUAAACUAUUCUGAGAAUGUUGCGCGUAUAUGUUGAUGCGUUGGAACUUGAGCUCAUGACGCGGACAUGUACGUAUUAUAAGAACAGCGUCAUGUGUUUGUCAUCGUAUCAGCAGUUUAUAAAGACAAUAAGUUUUAGGAUAAUAGAAGCGAUAUUAUUAUUAUCGGAGC